AUGGCCAAGACGAACAGAGAGCAAAGCCAAGAACCAGAGGAAGAGGAAGCUCCGAAGCAGCAGAAGAACAAGCACCUCUGGCAGCCAGACGAAUUGAGAGCACUCUACCUUCUCUACGGCCACUUCGGUCUCAGCUGCAGCGGACCCAUGAAAGACGACACAGACGAGGCCACCAGACUAAUGAACAAACUCUUCAACAUCGACUCCAGCAAAAAAGGCACCAAGACGAAUCUUUACCGCUCAAUGUACAAGGAACGGAACCAGGCAGGUAAGGGUUCGAAAUGGGACGACAUUAUCCGUGGACCCAACGAGAAGAACAAGGCUUUCUACGACGAAGAUGACCUGGACGCCUUUCGAGAUGUGAAAAGGCGAAUUGAAGAUGCGGCCGAGGAGCUUGACAUCACGCUGCAGGGAGAUGACACCAAGGGUCCUUUCGCAUAUUCUGAAGCCGAAGCACUUAAUGCUGCCGUGGAUGCGGUUCGGACACCUUCUUCAAGCGAGCAUGGACAAGAGGUUGAGAAGAAUGGCGAUGCGGAGGACUAG